AUGCCUGAGGCUUGCUUUCUCUGUCUAGAUUCCUCGGAGUUUAUGAGAAAUGGAGAUCAACAUCCCAAUCGUUUCUUUGUUGUACAGGAGGCGGCAACUUUGUUGGCCAAUGCGAAAACAUCAGCCAACGCUGAGAACACUGUGGGUUUCUUGACACUCGGAGGCAAUGCCUGUACAGUCUUUGAAACCCUCACCUCAGAUGUGGAUCGCGUUAUGUCCACCAUGUCGAAGAUUUCAAUCAGUGGAAAACAAUGCCACUUUUCCAAAGGGCUGCAAAUUGCGUGCCUUGCCUUAAGCCACCGAACUAACCCGCGUGCAGAAAAACGUAUCGUCGCCUUUAUUGGUACUCCGCUAGGAGAAACAGACGGUGAGUUGGAGAAGUUGGCGAAGAAACUUCGUAAAGAAAGCGUAGCAGUCGAUGUUGUAAGUGUAGGUGUACCUUCGAACGUUCCGCGCCUGACUGCAUUCGUUGAGAGGCUCAGUAAUAAUGGAAAUUCACGGUUCUUAAGCGUACCAGCUAAAGUUCCUCUCAUUGACAGUUUGAUGUCGAGCGCCAUAUUUAUGGGGGAGGACAGCAGUGUAAGUGGAGGAGGCUUCAAUGGUUCUUCUGCAGGUUUCUCCGUGGAUCCGACCAUGGACCCGGAAAUGGUGCUCGCCAUUCAAAUGUCGCUUGAAGAGGAGGAGCGACGUCAGGCGGCGGCGGCGGCUUUAAAUUCUAAUGCUGCUGAAAGUGAAACGGUGGAGAGAACGGAUAUAAACAUGGAUGAGGAGGCACUAAGCCUGGAAAAUAUGACCGAAGAGGAGAUGUUACGUCGGGCGUUGCUUUUGUCUCUUCAGGAGGCUAAUAAAGGACAGGCUGCGGCGGGGUCAAACGCAACAAAUACUGCCGAUGACGAGGCUUUUGCAAAUGAGUUGGAGAAAGAGUUAGAGCGACAGAGCAAGGAAGAAACUCUACAGGGUAAGCACGACGAUCAGAACGAAGAGAAGGAGGACUAA